CUCAGCAAUUGUAUACAAAACCACGACGCCUUCCAAGACUUGGAACAUCUCCGAGGCUCCAAUCAUCCACUCAAAGCCAACAGCCUUAAAAAUGGCCUCCAACCAGAAUCCGUGGCAGGACGACCCACCAUCCUCCCAAGCCCACGGCGUAUCAAACCACAACUCCCAUUCAGCCUACCAAGACCAAACCUCGCACGCCCAAUACACUCCGCCAGACCACCCACCACCCGGCCACAACCUCGGACAAGGCCACUCUGGUACCCACAACGACGCAGACCCCUGGGUGCAAUACCAAUCACCUGACUUCAACCCAAACCCCCAACAACCCCCCAACAACCCACCUAACCCCUCGCCUAACCAUCAGUUUCGUGUCCCGCCUCUAAACUCCGAGACGCAGAAUUACCAAGGCCUGAACGACAACAACUACGAAGUCCCCCCUGGCCUACCACCGCGACGGACCGGGACCGAUCUCGCGCUCCCACAAGGCCAGGAUCGCAGUCAUCAGAUUGAAGUCAUGCAGAGCUAUGAGGCGAGGGGACGCAAGGAUGAACAUGAUCAGAAUGUGGAGAUUCUGCAGCGCGAGUUUCCGAAACUGGAUGGGAGUCUGAUUGCGGCGAUUUAUGGGGAUAGUCAGAGUUUGAGUGCGACAAGGGAGAUGCUUGGGGAGUUGGAUAGGGAGUGA